AUGGAGUCCAGUCAGGAGACUUCCCUGUUUUUGGUGAAGAUCUUGGAGGAACUGGACAGCAAGCAAAAUAACGUUUCCUAUCAGGACCUGUGCAAAUCCCUCUGUGCCCGCUUCGAUCUGUCGCAGCUCGCCAAACUGAGAAGUGUGCUCUUUUACACGGCUUGUCUCGAUCCCAAUUUUCCAGCCACAUUAUUCAAAGACAAGAUGAAAUGCACCGUCAAUAACCAGCAAUCCAAGAAAAUCAUGGUGGCAGCAGAUAUUGUAACGAUAUUCAACCUGAUCCAAAUGAAUGGGGGCGCCGCCAAGGAGAAGCUGCCCACAGGCCGCCAGAAGGUGCGCAAGAAGGAGGCAUCCUUUGAGUCGUGCAGGUCAGACACCGAUAUGUGCAAUGCAGCUGAGUGUGAGCCCCUGAACUGCGAGCUGAUCGAAAGGCCUUUCAGCCGGGGCUACCCCACCAGGCAGUCAUCCAAGUGCCGGAAGAUGGACUGCAAGGACUGCCCGCAGUUUGUACCUGCCUGCGAGCCCAACUUCUUGUUGGGUGUCAGCAAAGAGGGGAAGAAUCGCGCUGCUUCCCUGGACAGGCUGCAGGCCCUGGCCCCUUACUCUGUUACCAGCCCCCAGCCCUGUGAGAUGCAGAGGACCUACUUCCCCAUGAACAUUGAUAACGAGUCCAUGUCAGACCAGGACUCCCUGCCCAUCAACCAGGGCAUCAAGGAGACCUUCAUUUCCAAUGAGGAGCCAUUUGUGGUCCAGUCAUGUGUCCAGAAAAGGAACAUCUUCAAAGAGGAUUUCCACAAUCUGAUGACUGUGUCCCCCACUCUGCUGGGCCCCACCAAAAAAGCAGAGGGUGACCAUGGGGAACCCCAGGUUCGAAAGGAGCCCCCAAAGCCACCCUUCUUUAAUCAUAGCUUUGAGAUGCCCUACAACAGCCAGUACCUGAAUCCAGUCUAUUCCCCUGUUCCUGACAAAAGGCGGGUCAAGCAUGAAAGCUUGGAUGACCUCCAGGCCUCUACAUAUUUUGGACCCACUCCAGUGAUGGGAACCCAGGACUCUAGGCGCUGUCCAGGGAGGCCCAGCAAGCAGACCCCCUGGCCAGCCAAAAGCUGGAGCUUAAACACAGAGGAAGUCCCUGACUUUGAACGGUCCUUUUUCAAUAGAAAUCCAUCUGAGGAGAAGCUGCGCUAUCCAAAUUCCAGCAGCCAGAGCCCCAGUUUCCCAGCCCCAGACAGGCACUCGGUUUACCUCCCGCCAAAGGAUCAACAAUCAAUUCUCCCUGUUGGCUAUGCGGCAAAAUCAAAUGGGCUCAAAGCAAAAGAGAUCUCGUCCCCUGUUGACCUGGAGAAGCAUGAACCAGUCAAAAAGUUUAAAGACAAGAGCAUUGGCUGCACGAGUGGGCAGCUCAGCUCAGACACGAGCAGUGUGGGCACCCAGACCGAGCAGCGUGUUCUGGAGCCCAAGAAAUGCAAAGACUUGGGCGCUUCUGCUCAGGGCAAGUACAGUGACAGGCAUGCCAUGAAGCACUCAGAUGAUGACUCGGAAAUCGUCAGUGAUGACAUCAGUGACAUUUUCCGAUUUCUGGAUGACAUGAGCAUCAGUGGCUCUACGGGAGUGAUACAGUCGUCCUGCUACAACAGCACAGGGUCCUUGUCUCAGCUUCAUAAGUCAGACUGUGACAGUUCCCCGGAGCACAAUCUAACUAAGAUCACUAACGGGGUCCCCAACAGCAAGGGAGACAAGGUCAACCGGCCUGAAAACAACCACCACUCGGAAGAAGAGUUGAAGACCAGCGUGUGCAAACUGGUGCUCAGAAUCGGCGAAAUUGAACGGAAGCUCGAAUCACUGUCGGGUGUCCGUGAGGAAAUCUCCCAGGUCUUGGGCAAACUGAAUAAACUGGAUCAGAAAAUGCAGCAGCCUGAGAAAGUGAGUGUGCAGAUAGAUCUGAACUCCUUGACGAGCGAGGCUCCAUCUGACGACAGUGCCUCUCCCCGGAUGUUCCAUGCACACAAUGGUUCCCAUGGGCCCAAGCUAGAGAACGGCACCGACUGGUGCUGCUCAGAUGCUAGUGGAAGCAACAGCGAAAGCCUGCGUGUCAAGGCCUUAAAAAAAAGCCUCUUCACCAGGCCAUCCUCUAGAUCCCUGACUGAGGAGAACAGUGCCACAGAAUCCAAAAUCGCCAGCAUCUCCAACUCGCCCAGAGACUGGCGCACCAUCACGUACACCAACCGCGUGGGCCUCAAUGAGGAGGAGCUAAAAGACACAGGCCCGGGAGAUAGUAAGGACUGGCAUCGGAAAUCUAAAGAGGCAGACAGGCAGUAUGACAUCCCCCCGCAGCACCGACUGCCCAAGCAGCCCAAAGACGGCUUCCUGGUGGAGCAGGUGUUCAGCCCUCACCCCUACCCUGCCUCCCUCAAGGCCCACAUGAAGAACAACCCCCUGUACACGGACAUGAGGCUGACCGAGUUGGCUGAGGUAAAGCGGGGCCAACCUUCCUGGACCAUCGAGGAGUAUGCACGGAAUUCGGGCGACAAGGGCAAGCUGACAGCCCUGGACCUGCAGACACAAGAAUCUUUAAACCCAAACAACUUAGAAUAUUGGAUGGAAGAUAUUUAUACUCCAGGCUAUGAUUCAUUACUAAAACGUAAAGAAGCUGAAUUCAGACGAGCCAAGGUCUGCAAGAUAGCUGCUCUGAUCGCCGCCGCUGCGUGCACCGUCAUCCUGGUCAUUGUCGUUCCCAUCUGCACAAUGAAGUCGUGA